AAGUAAGUACUCACUUGUUGUUUCUCUUUCUUCAUUCUUCAUGUCAUUAUCAUAGAAGAAUAAUAGAAUAGCUAUUAAAUUAGUUUGGAUUUGUUUUUUACGGUUGCAGCAUGAAGAUAAAAGAUUCUGUGAAUCAGGAUGUGCAAGCACAGAGCCAAUGGUAACAGGUCAUCGUAACCCAAAAAAAAAUCCUGAGCAAAAUCAAGAAGUCUAGAAAUCUUGUUUCUCCUUAUCCAGAAAGUUAGUGAGUCAUGUCUAGCAUUAAUGAAGUAACACCAGAGGAACUUCCUCAUUCAAUGGCUACAGCAGCCAAUGAAUUUGUUGCCUCUAACCCAUCUGUAUUCUACCAAGAUGAACCUGAUGUAAUUGAUGUGGAGGAGCAGCUGGAGGAGGCUCCAAGUGAACCUGUCCCACAUGUUCUCAAUCCGUUUUCUUGUAAUUUUGAGGAGCUCAUUGCUCUCCAUCAAGAAGCACCAACUGACACAACCCCGAUGAGCAAACCAAGUUUCAACAAUCUUCAACAUGAAACAUCAACAGACCAAGCUCCAGAUAACAAUGCACUAUGCAAACGUCAAUACCAAAAGCCAAUCUCUAAAAAGAAACAAAGAAUUCAGCGGCUAAUGUUGAACGCUGCUGCAGCAAAAUUUCAGCUAGAUUUACUUAAAAAGGAGGGUCCAUCAUUUCAUCAUCAAACAUUCUUAAGGAGGGAAGCUGCCAAUGAAUCAAGGGAACUUACAUUUGCAAAUCUCUUGAAGACUGAGUUGAUAUGUUUGCAUAACCCAAAUAUUUUCAAUUGUAAAAAAUUGUUGAAUAGUGUAGUUCAGUUAGAGCCGCUGACUUUUGAUGCAAUGGUGAAAAAUCGUGCUAGUGCGGAUUCUCUUAAUUAUUUCUUGGUAUGGAAUAAACAAUCAAGAAUGUCGAAGCUAGGCACUCAUAAACAUAACAAACCAAUCACAAAGGUGACCGUCCCUGUAGAAACACAAAAUACCAACAAACCAAUCACAAAGGUGACCGUCCCUGUAGAAACACAAAUUACCGUAGCUAAGGACAUGAAAACCCACAUUCAAGCAAAAUUAAGUCUACUUGUCCAAGGACAGCGGUAUGUUGGUGCAAAUUUACCAUGUUAUAUCAAUAGUAAAGAAUUGAAAGAAGAAGGUAGAAGUGUUACCCCUGAAGAGAGAACUCAGGUCUCGGAAAAUCUGAAUAGUGUCUCAAAAGAGUCGAAGGUACUCUUGAAAGAUCUCAAGUUUGAAAAAGUAGUAAAGGUCGGCAACCGAAUCAUUCCUACAUCUGAAAUACUUGCGCAGCUGCAUAUGAAGGAGCAAAACAUUCAAAACGCACCUCUCAGCCCCUUUUCAGAUUCGAAUGACAUUUCUUCAUCGAACAAUUCAGCUUCUUGUGGUCAAAGUGAUGGGGGAAAUUCAAACAAUGAAGUGCCACGAUUAAGAAUCAGGAAAGAUUUGUUUGCAUCAUUUUCGCCAUCAAAGGGUAACCCACAAUUUAGCUUUCCUCACGUCAUUUAUGACUCAAAUAAUGUUGCGGGACAUGUGACUGGAACAAGGGAAAAUUCCUCACCAGCAAUGACUUUGAAACUUUGCCCCCUCAUAAAUCAGUUGAAAAGCAAGCUUUCAGGGCAGGCCUCAUCACUUACAGCAAACAAAGUGAUCAGCAACCAUGAUGCCGUAUUGAAUAGUAAGUUCCCAGCCUCUGUAAGUAAUAAUCUAAGUUCUUCUAAAGAAAAUCAACCAAAACAAUUUCAGAGUUCAAAUAUUCAGCCCAGCUCAAAGACUGGACCUUGGAGAAUAUCGGUAGAUGCAGAGGAUUCAGAGAGCACAGCAUCUGAACCCAUCGUUAACAACUCUGGGAAACGACCUGAGAUUUUGAAUAACAGGCGAAAAUCCUCAAACAAAACGAGUCCACACGAACUUGCAGAUGGAAAAAGUGCAGAAAAAGAUAGCCCAGCAUCAGCAAGUAUCAGGAGUAGAAGUGGUUCUGUGGCUUCUGAAAAAUCUAAAUGUAAUGAAUCGAAGUCAGCAGAGGUUGAAGAAGUCAGUUUUUCAAAAUCUUCUGAUGUUCCAGAUCUUGGCAUAUCCAAUUCAUCAGAUGUUGGUAAUGAUGGUGAAUCAGGAACAAAGAAUGAAGAACGCAGCCCAGCAUCACCGAAAAGAAGGAGUAGGAGUGGGAGUGGCUCUAUGACUUCCAAAGACUGUGAAAAUGGAUCAAAUUCGAUGGAAGUUGAAGAAACUAGUAUGUCAAGGUCUUCAGAUACUCCAAACAUUGUCAAAUCAAAAUCACCAGUUCUUCAAAACACUGACACAUCAGAAUCACAUAAUGAGAAAGAGUUGAAGGAAUCAGGGCCUCAAACGACAAAUGCCCAAAGGAGUAUGUCUACGGAAAAUCAAGUGAUAAGCUCUAAAGUAAAUCCAUGUAAAAGAUCUAAAUCUUCAGAUGAUGUAGAUAAUGUUACUUCAUGGAAAAGGUCAAAACCCUCUGAAGCAGAAAAAAUCUCAACUGCAAUUUUUGAUAUCACCAGUAGCAGUCUUCCCAAAUCUGUCAUGGAGGAUGUUUUAUCUGUUGAUGGAACAUUCGAUUUAGAGAUCAGUAAGGAAGGUGUUACACCGUGGAGGAAUAUCAGAACCUUAUCAGGAAAAGAAGUGCAGAAACGGUGUGGUUCUCUAAUACAACAAGUUUUUGGCCCUGAGAAUGUAACUGAUACUUUUGAUAUGAAUGCAAAUAUGUUUUCCUCAGUCGUCACUUCCAAUUUCAAAUCCACCAGUGAAGGCCUUUCCAGUAGCCGAGACAGUGUUUCCACUGGAAAGCUUAAUCAAAGGUAUCAAAAGCUGGAAGCCUCAUUUAUUCGUCUCCAAGUGGAACUAUUUGAUGUUGUAAAAAAUGUUCCUGUGUGCGAAAUGUUCGGAGAAUAUCAUUUAGAUGGAAAUCUCGAUUCAGAGACAUCAGAUGAUGAAAUUGUAAAAAAUAAAUCAGCAGAUCUCAAAGUUAUCAAUGUCUCCAAAAGGGCAGCAAAGAAAAUUUCGUGCUCACCUAAGAAACGAAGAAAAUCUAGCAAAAUCCCUGCUGGAGCUUCAAUUCAAGGAGAUGACCGUAGUGUUGCUCUUCAUAAUUUGCAAGAAGAAAAAAAUUACACACUGAAAAAUUUAACCUUAUCUUCAAGGAAAAGUUGGAAUUCCACAAAUGCUGUUGAAACUAGCGGUAAUUCUGGGAUUGAACCACUUCCUGUUCUGAGGCACUUAGGAAAACCUGUGGUAGAUGAAAAACUCAGUGUCAAAGAACCAUUCAUCAAAGUUUUACGACUGAACUAUGAGGAAGUGAAGGAUGGAAUAUCUGUUUUUGAUCUUGGAAGAAUUCCCUCUACUACAAGUUGUUCAAUCUCAGGCAAUAGGCGGAAACAAGGCAAACCUCGCAAAUAUGAUUUCAACAUAAACAAAACUAUAGGAGUCAAAAGUACAUCCCAGCUGGUGUCCGAUCUGCAUUUUAUGGUGCGUAAUCCAAAAAAAAGAAUCAACUAGGGGCGAGCUGCUAAAUUCCUUUGUUCAUUCUGCCUUGUUAUCUAAUGGAAUCUGUUCAUGGUCAAAACCUGAGGAUUACUCAGGUUAAGUUUAAAGAAGAUAAUGAGCUCAUAAUUUGGAGCAAUAAUUCAAGACUUAUUCUUAACAAACUGCUUUUGCACAAUGGGCUGUCAGACAGGGUACGAAUGAAACUUCUCUUAGGUAUGUUUCCUGAUAAAAAACCUCAUGCAGAACUAUUGAACACUUCCAAAAUUCACUCAUUAGUUAAAAAUUAACGGUCAUUUUUUAUGUCAAGAUCAAUCAAUUUAAAAUUCCCACUUGCGAAAAAACCAAAAUUCAUGCAAGUAAAUUGCCCAUCAAAUACAAUCGAAUCAAUUGAGCAAAUAAUCAGUGUUUGACUCAACAGGACUUCUCCCUUCUCUCAUUUGCAAAACUUUUGUAUCACUUCAAAAAAAUGCUGAGUUCAGGAAAUAUUAUUCCAGAUUACAGAGCAUACAGAAGGUAGUACUGUGCUUGAUUUGACUGAAGUAGACUUCGGUUUUUUUGAGUAGGAGCUUCGAAUUGAUGAACAAAGAAAAUGCUUUAUUUUUAUUUAUUAGUUGAACCAGAAACUUUUAUUUGUAUCUACUGCAUUUUAUUUGAAAUUUUGAUCCUGAGCCAUGUAUUGUGGCGCUUAAUUUUGUAUCCUGUCUACCAGACCAUUACAAAGAAUUUUCUGUGUUGAUACAUUGUGCCUAUGCACACAUAUAAUUAUCGUGAUAAAUCAAUACGAUGUAACACACUGUAAGUUUUCCAGGAGUAUUGAAUUCAACUUCUUUUAGUUUUAAGGCUUCCUCACUAUUAGAAUAGUGUUUCUUCCUCGUUGUUUCAGUUUGCAGAAUCUUUUUAGUACUAUUACGUUUAUAGCCACCUGACUACUUUUACUUUUUUGGAUUUUUUUUUUUUUUUUUUUUUUUUUUUUUUUAAUUUAAGAAAAGAUCGGAAAUCAUUUUAGGUAAAACUGAUGUUAACGAGUUACUGUGAGUUUGAACUGUAAUAUUGUUUAUAAAGUGAUACAAUUUUAAUAUGACUUGAUGAUAUCAAAUUUUUGUACCUCAUUGUUGAGUUUUGACAACAAUUUAAAGACUCUGCUGUGAGAAAAUGUGAUAUUUUCUAUUUACAUUGAGGAUGUCAGUUGUGGUGACCAGCGGUUUUUGGGUUAAUAUUUUGCAUUUUUGAACCAUCAUCCGCUAUGCAUUGGUAGAGAUUGGAAAAUUUUGCUGUUAUUUUUGCUGAUUUCGCCGUUAUUUUUGUAGCACUUUUUGCGAUUGACAGCUUAAAAUGAAGCUUUUGAUUUAACAAGCCAUCAAUGAAGCUUUUGAUUUAACAAGCUAUCGCUCAGUCUCUCUUUCUGGUCCUAUUUUACAGAAGCGCUUUAAGACUUUUCAUGUUUUCUUGAUUAAAAAAUAUCUGUUGCUAACUUUUUAGAAGCACUGUCUAUAAAUAUGUGUCAGUCUACAUUUUCACAUGAUCAUAUGAUAAAAUCAUUUGGAGUUAUGUUUCUGCCCUGGUUGCCACCAUUCUUCCAUCAGUAUUUUGAUGCCAUUGGCAAACAUUGAUAGCUUAUAGCCAAUGACGACCAAUGUUUUAAAAAAACUCUGCAAUUUCUUUAUUUUGAAAAAAAGCGCGGCAAAUUUCAAGUUAUAUGCGUAUAUACGUAUAUGUAUAUUUCAGGAUAAUGUACGGAUUCCGUGUUAAAUCCGGAAAAUGGCUGAUUUUGCGUUAUUUUGCUUUAUAUUUUUGUGAUCAGGGGGUUAUGAUCAGUGCUUCUGUCUGGUUUUUAGAUUCGAAAGCACAUUUUAAAAAUUUUGCGGCGGAUCUUGGUGUCGGAAUGUUCCAAUCUCGAUGCAUUAGAUUUGCAAUAGAGGAGGUACUAAAAUGAAUUUUUCAGGAUUACAAUGUGAUUAAAAUCCGAACAAUCCUGACUAUGGCAAAAGGAACUCAAAAAUUGAUCCAGCAACGGUAACAUCUGCUGCUCAUGUGCAUUGGGUGCUGUUAAAUAAAGUACACUUUUCACUUGACCAGAUUCACAGAAUCGUUUUUAUCAGUCUUCAAAUGUUUUAAGAAAUGUUUGACCCAAGUACAUCAAGAAUCCAUCCACUUAUGAAUAGGAAGGUGUGCAUUAAUAGUUAUUGAAAAAUUGUAUUUUUAAAGUCAUCAAAUGAAAUACCUUUUCUAUUUCUAAUCACCUGAUCAAUUGGUAAAAAUGAGAAAUUAUGAUUCAGAAGAAAUGAAGGAAA